AUGGGAAUUAAAGGCCUGACCAAGUUCAUCGCUGACGCAGCGCCCAACGCCAUUAAGGAGAUAAAAAUUGAGAACCUCAUGGGGAGAGUGGUGGCCAUCGAUGCGUCCAUGUCUUUGUACCAAUUUAUAAUAGCCAUAAGGGAUUCUGAGCAGUAUGGAAAUUUGACGAACGAGUCUGGGGAAACGACCUCGCACAUAUCGGGGCUAAUGUCGAGGAGCAUAAAGCUAAUGGAAAAUGGUCUGAAGCCGAUUUACGUGUUUGAUGGAGCGCCCCCUGAGCUGAAAGGAUCCGAGUUAGAAAAAAGAGGAGAGAAAAGACAAAAGGCAGAAGAAUUAUUAAAGAAAGCUAAAGAGGAAGGAAAUUUAGAAGAAAUCAAAAAACAAAGUGGAAGGACAGUAAGGGUAACGAAAAAGCAAAAUGAAGAAGCAAAAAAAUUAUUAACACUAAUGGGAAUCCCAGUUGUGGAGGCUCCAUGUGAAGCAGAAUCUCAGUGCGCAUUUUUAACUAAGUACAAUUUAGCACACGCAACAGCUACGGAAGACGCAGAUGCAUUAGUCUUCGGAACAAAAAUUUUAAUUCGGAAUUUAAAUGCCAAUGCCUCAUCAACUAGCCAAAAUAAAAAUAAGAAUUCCAGUAAAAGAGGAUACAUACUAACGGAAAUUAACCUGGAGCAAGUAUUGAAAGGAUUAAACUUAAACAUGAAUGAAUUUAUUGAUUUUUGCAUUUUAUGUGGCUGCGAUUAUUGUGAUACUAUCAAAGGAAUAGGGUCCAAGACAGCAUACAAUCUGAUAAAGGAAUAUAACAGUAUUGAAAAAAUUAUAGAAAAUAUUGACAAGAAUAAAUACCAAAUUCCUUCUAACUUCCGUUUUGUAGAAGCUAGGGAUUCUUUUAUUAACCCUAAAGUCUUGUCCAAAGAAGAAAUUAAAAUUGAUUGGGGUGAACCCAAAAUCGAAGAAUUAAAAAACUUCCUAAUAAAGGAUUAUAAUUUUAACGAAGUUAGAGUUACCAAUUAUAUUAACAGGUUGUUGAAGGCUAGAAAAGUAACAACACAAAGACGCCUGGACAACUUUUUUACUGCCUGUACAAAGAAAAGCACCAAACUAGUCAAUGAGGAAAGUCAAAUUAAGAAGGAGGUGAAGCCAAAGCGGAAGGGAAAGAAGAGGGACGCCCCAAAUGACAGCUCCACGAAACUCAACUCCAAGCAAAAUAAGAAGCCAAAGGGGGAAAAGGAAUCGAAAACGGAGAAGGACGACGGGGACACCCAUAAUGGGAACGAUAACGAGGAGGAGGGUGGAGAAGGAGAAACUGCCGACAUGGGUGCCAAAGAUCCCUUCGACACCGAGGAAGAUGAGGACAACCCCAGCGUUAACUUCUUCCACCACAAAUCCGACUCCGAAUCAGGUAAUGUAAAAAAGGAAAGUACGGAGCAGGAAGCAAACGCCACCCCCACGGGUGAUGUGUAUAGCUUCCCCAAUGGGAAAGACGCAUCUGGAAGUAACAUACACCUGAGUAGCAACAGCACUCUCCAUAGUUGUAACAAUUUGAAUGGUGAUAAGGCAAUCAACGAGAGCAUGCACGUAGUAGGUAGUAGUGCCCCCGAGGCAGGCAACAACGAAAUAGGCAACGGUGAUCUAUUCACCUCGAACGCCGCCGAUUGUGUGAAUAACAACACCGAUAAAACACAAGCUGAAAUUGAAAUGAAAAAAAAAAACAUUUCAUUUUUGUUGCCCUACUGCCCCAAGAAUGUUACUAGUGUGAAGAAGAGGAAAUCCGUUCAGCGUUGUUAA